AUGACCUCCCUUCCUUCUCCCGCUGGUCCAUCCGCACCCCAAUGGCGUUCAUUCACAUUCUUCGAUGUGGACGAUGUGAAAGAUCAUGAUGACUUGGCUCAGUCACCUAGAUCAAUACGGUCUCUUACCCCACCAAUCAUCCUUACUCCCACAUCGAUCAACUCACCGCUACCCCAAUCCCUGAUCGUAGCUUCAUCCACCCAUAUAACCCUUCUCGACCGGCAUUUCAACGCAGAGCGCACAUUCAAGGCUUGGGAGACUAAUGGACGUGCCACAGCAUUGUUGGAAGCUGGUGGAUUGUUAGUGGCCAUAGGUGAAGAGGAGGGUAGCAGAUGGCCCGUGUUGAAGAUUUGGGAUUUGACUAGAGAAGAGAAACGAAAGUCCGCCCAGAAAGAUGGGAAUGGCGGAUCAUCCGAAAGAGAGAGGGGACCGGUAUUAGUACGGAAUACUAGGAUACAGCAUGGUCAACGACCACAUCCUGUAUCAUCCAUCGCAAUCACCUCCAACCUUUCACAUCUAGCCAUUGGUUUAGGAGACGGCACAGUCCUACUAUACCGACACCUCUUGCAAUCACUCACGACCUCGCCGACAUCCCUAACAGCCUUACCGAAAGCACGAGUGAUCCACGAAUCCAAAGAACCCAUAACUGGAUUAGGAUUCCGCGAACCGCAAGAACCGAAUGGAACGGGUAUAUCGUUAUUUAUAGUGACCACGAAUAGGAUAUUAUCCGCUCCUGUAUCUGGAAAAAGCAGUACCUCAGAGACCAGGACGAUAGAUGAAUUAGGAUGUGAUUUAGGUUGUGCAGUCAUGGACUCGCAUCGGAAGGAAAUGAUCGUUGCCCGGGAUGAAGCUAUUUAUUUGUAUAGCAAUGAAGGUAGAGGGGCUUGUUAUGCUUAUGAAGGUCCAAAAUCCUCAAUAGCUGUAUAUCAACAUAAUCUGAUCAUCAUCUCACCGCCUUUCUACCCAUCUGCAAAUUCAGCUUCAGCCACUGUACGACAUUACGUCUCAAAGCAGGCUAAUACCACUACUAAUUCUGAUGGAGUUUCUUCUUCCAAUCCUUCAAGUGAUAUCUCCAAGGUCACCAUAUUCGAUCUGCAAAACAAAUUAGUCAGCUAUAGUGGGACGUACAGAGAUGGUGUUCGAGAGGUAUUCUGUCAGUGGGGAGGAAUAUUUGUGUAUGGUGGGAAUGGCAAACUCACAAGACUAAGUGAACACUCUACAUCUGCCAAGCUCGACGUGCUGUAUAGGAGAAAUCUGUAUACACUCGCUAUCAGUCUUGCCAGAUCACAAGGGAUGGGGGAGAGCGGUGUAGCAGAUAUACAUCGGAGAUAUGGUGAUUAUCUAUAUACCAAAGGUGAUUUCGAUGGAGCGAUGGGUCAAUUCGUCAAGACUUUGGGUAAUCUCCAACCUUCCUACGUCAUCAGGAAAUUCCUCGAUGCUCAGCGGAUACAUAAUCUCACUACUUAUCUCCAAGAACUACAUUCUCGUGGUCUAGCCAAUCCUGAUCAUACAACCUUACUCCUCAAUUGCUACACCAAGACUUCCGAUAGAGCAAGAUUGGACAGUUUCAUCAAGACCGAAGCGAGAAGAUCUGAAACGUCAGGAGACGAAGAAUUACCUUUCGACUUGGAUACGGCGAUUAGAGUUUGUAGACAAGCUGGAUUCUACGAACAUGCUACCUACCUUGCCAAGAAAUUCGGGAGACACGAAGAGUAUCUGAGGAUUCAGAUCGAAGAUGCUGGUGAGAUUGGAGAGGCUUUGAGAUAUUUACGAGGAUUGGGACCGGAAGCAUGCGAGGAGAAUAUGGUGCGAUAUGGUCGUACUCUGCUUAAUGCUGAACCUCAAGCUACGACUGCCCUACUCAUUGACCUAUGUUCCGGAGACUUGGGAAAGGAGAAAAUCACAACGCCAGCUCUUGACUCGAAACCCAAUGGAAAUACUACAACGUCCUCUGGCCCAGCUAUGUUAUCGUAUCUCGGUUACAAUCGAGUCACGGGUUUGUUUACAGGUGACGCACCUUCAGGUGCUCAAUCUUCCGCUCAGACCGAUGGUGCUGCACCACAACCGAAUGGUGAAAAAGGUGAUGUACCAAAUGGUAGCGGAACGGGAUUGGAAGCUGCACCGAUAAUAGAAGAUGAACCAAGUUAUAUCCCACCUUCACCGAGACAAUAUUUUGCUCAUUUCGUUGAUCACCGAGAGCUGUUCAUCACGUUCCUCGAAUCGGUAUCUUUGGCCUUGUGGAACCAAUCUCUUGCUUUACCCCUUCCAACACAGUCUAGCACCUUUACCGCUCCUUCAAGAAAUAUCGAUUUACCUCCGCCUUCUGAUCCGACGACGAUCGAUCAAAGGGCAGUUUGGAAUGCUCUUUUAGAAUUGUACCUCUCAUCUACCAAAUUGGACAACCCUGACAUAGUCAAAUUAUCAAGUGAAAAGGCUUUAGCUGUAAUUUCGAAUGAGGAUCUACCUUACGAUCCAAUGCACGCUCUGAUCCUAUGUUCGACGGUAGGUUUCGAUCAGGGUUUAAUCAAAUUAUGGGAACAGAUGGGAAUGUAUGAAGAUAUAAUCAGGUUUUAUAUCGAUAAGAAUGAUUCUCAAAAAGCAUUAGAUCAUUUGAAGAUUUAUGGGAAAAUCGAAAGUAAUUUGGGAUUAUAUCCAUUGGUAUUGAGGUAUUUGACUAGUUCACCUGCUAUAUUAUCGAAACAUCACCAAGACCUUGUGAAGAUCCUUGAAAAGAUUGAUGAGUAUAGGAUAUUACCUCCCUUGGCGGUGAUUCAGCUGCUAAGCAGGAAUGGAGUGGCUAGUAUAGGUACGGUCAAAGAUUGGUUGAGAGGGAAAGUUGGAGAGAAUAAAGAUCAGGUUGAAUCGGACAAACACCUAGUAGAAUCAUAUCGAUCUGAAACGCUCACGAAGAAAAAGGCGAUCCAAGAUUUAUCGAAUGUUGAUCAACCUGAGGUAUUCCAAGUGACGAGAUGUGCGGCGUGUGGUGGUCAAUUGGAUUUACCGAGUGUACACUUCAUGUGUAAACAUAGUUAUCACCAAAGAUGCUUGUCCGACUCCGAACCUGAAUGUAUACUCUGCGCCAGGCAACACAGUGUCAUCCGGGAACUGCGCAGGAAUCAAACUCGUCUGGCGGAUAGACACGAUUUAUUCAUAGAUGAAGUGAAGGAUUCGGAAGAUGGGUUCGAAGUGGUUGCGGGUGCUUUUGGAAGGGGUUUGAUGGGUAAGGAAAGGGAAUUGGAUGAUGUUGUAUAG